CUUGCUCUGGAGACCAUCCGAACCGCCAAUUCGACCACUCCCUUCCGCCCUCCUCCCAGGUCCCAUCACAGCAAUCGCAGCCAUGGCUAACCGACGGCCUCAGUUCAACCAGCAGUUCCAGGUCGACACGACCCCUCUGCCCGACGAUAUCCCCAAGGUCAAGGAGAUUGGUGCCAGCUCCGCGCCUCUUCUGUCGGCGUCCUACUUCAUCGGCGCCCGUUGCCGUGAAUACAAUGACGACUUCAUGCAGUGCAAGACGGACAGCGCGGGCCGCGGCGAAUUUGAUUGUUUGAAGGAGGGUCGUCGGGUCACCAGAUGCGCCUCCAGCGUGCUGAAGGAUAUCAACACCCACUGCCUCGAGCAGUUCAAGGCCCACUGGACCUGCAUCGAGAACCGUAACCACCAGCUCUACCAGUGCCGACCAGCCGAGUGGAAGCUCAACAAGUGUGUCUACGAGAACCUGAAACUCGAGAAGAACAUCCCCGACCAGCGCCCCGGCGUCACCCCCGUCGAGCUCCGCCACCACAUGAUCUACGCCGACCAAGCCAUCAACACCCUCGAGGGCAAGCCCUUCAUCCCCCCGUCAAAGCAACAAGCAUCGUAGAGGUGUAGCAAGAGCAGACGGCGAUAUGGGAGUUUAGCGAGCUCUUCCGCGUAUGCGCGCGGAGGAGAAUCGAGGGCUUUGUGUUGAAGAUGUAGGACUUGGAACUAGGCGAUAGAAAACGCUGUGUACAUAUGUCAUCAAUCAGAGUUGGGAUCAAACCAAUGGCUUCACUUUUU